ACGGAUGUCCAAAGUUCAGAAGUUUUUCGGUGUGCGUUCGUAGGGACACAAGGAUGGGGACAGCUUAAACAAGUUGCACUGCGGUUAAGACUUUUCCCUCUUUUACUUUUUUAAGUGAGCAGCGAAGAACUGUGAUUUGAGCGCUUCAGCCUGCAGAGGAGGGAGAAGUGGAGCUCUCAUUCUGCAUUUUUUUGGAACUUUAUUUUUGCCGGAUCAAAUUGAAGACAUGCAGGCUCGCUAUUCUGUCUCCAGUCCCAACUCACUGGGCGUCGUGCCGUACAUCAGCAGCGACCCGAGCUACUACCGGGCCGCAGCCAGUGGGGGAUACACGGGGAUGCCAGCACCUAUGAACAUGUACUCUCAUGCGGCUCAUGACCAGUAUCCUGCCAGCAUGGCCCGGGCGUAUGGACCGUAUACCCCCCAGCCUCAGCCCAAGGAUAUGGUCAAACCCCCUUACAGUUACAUUGCGCUCAUCACUAUGGCUAUCCAAAACUCACCUGACAAAAAGGUGACCCUGAAUGGGAUUUACCAGUUUAUCAUGGAAAGGUUUCCAUUUUACCGAGACAACAAGCAGGGCUGGCAGAACAGUAUCAGACACAAUCUGUCUCUGAAUGAGUGUUUUGUCAAAGUGCCCCGUGACGAUAAAAAACCCGGUAAAGGCAGCUACUGGACCUUGGACCCCGACUCUUACAACAUGUUUGAGAACGGGAGCUUCUUGAGAAGGAGACGACGGUUCAAAAAGAAGGACGCACUGAAAGAAAAAGAAGAGCGGCUGCAGAAGGAGCUACAGCCGAGGCAGCAAGGCCGGGAGCAGGAGCAGCCGGUGCAGGGCUCCCAGCCUGUUAGGAUCCAGGAUAUAAAAACUGAGAAUGGGGCAGUCACGCCACCACAGGCUGAGUCGCCUUCUUUGAGCACCGUCCCCAAAAUCGAGAGUCCAGACAGUAGCAGCAUGUCCAGCGGGAGCCCCCAUAGCAUCCCCCCCAGUAGGUCCAUCGGUAUGGACAGUUCCGAGCACCACCAACAUCACAACCAGGCCUCGACGCAGGGCUUCAGCGUAGACAACAUCAUGACCUCCCUUCGGGGAUCUCCACAAGGGGCCACUGAGCUCAACUCCAGCCUCACCGCCUCCACCAGGACAGGUAUAACACCGUCUUUGUCCUUAAACUAUUCUCCAAGUCAAACAUCUGUCUAUAGUUCACCCUGUAACCAAAACUCCAUCUCCACUACCUCCAAUGCUACCUAUCAUUGCAACAUGCAAGCCAUGAGCCUUUACGCUGGGGACAGAUCUAGCCAUUUGGCACCGAGCACCACCGUGGACGAAACGUUGCCAGAUUACUCAGUCACAACCACCUCAUCCUCCCUGUCCCACGGCAAUCUAAACUCUGGGCAGGAAAGCCACCAUCCCCACCAAGGAAGGUUGACCUCAUGGUACCUCAACCAGGCCGGGGACCUGGGCCAUCUGGGUGCAGCUUACCCAGCACAACAGCAGAACUUCCAUGCAGUCAGAGAGAUAUUCGAAUCCCAAAGAAUUGGCUUGAAUAACUCACCGGUGAAUGGGAAUAACAGCUGUCAGAUGUCAUUCCCACCAAGCCAAUCCAUCUAUCGCACAUCGGGAGCUUUCGUGUAUGACUGCAGCAAGUUCUGACCAAAAACAGGCUCAGUAUUUCCCUCGCGGUGUUUGAACUCAUUUAGUUAAAUCCAGCGUUGCUGCCCUUCCUUACCUGCCUACCCCUCACAUGGACUAAUAUGAGACAGAAAACAAAAACAGAAAAGACUUGAUCUUGGUUUUUCUAAAGAACAGUGUUACUGCAAAUAACACGUAAGUCUCCCUUUGCUUUUGUGGCUUUAUGUGAUGUGUUAAAUAUGUCAGUUUUCAUGGACAUGUAAAUUGCAUAUAGUAAUUUAUUUCUAAAGUGUAGCCGGAUAUUAUGGACCAAACACCAAAAAGUGUUUCUAAAUUGAACUGCCUUAAGUGUCCAAAAAAAAAAAAAAAAAAAAAAAAAAAGUUCCAUUAUAAAA